GGCUGCAUGCCUCACGUUUGAAAUGUUUUGUCCAACAUAGCAGAUGACGAAGGGAAUUCAGCAGUUAACUCCCCCGUCUGGUUUGUGUUUGGAAGAAUAUCAUUUUUCGAACUUGUAGCUCGCACAGCCAAGGAUUCGUGGAACCAUUUUGUAUGUGGCUUUUUUUUCUUUAUACCUCCUUCAACUUGGAAACUUUGAUCCAACUUUCAGCUUUAGUCCAGACCGUUCCAAUGUGCAGUCAUAUGCAGCUCUCCGCUUAAACAUAAGGAAUUUUCUUGGAAAGUUGUGCUUUACAUUCACUUGAGGAUAUAAUAGAUCAAACUUUACAGUAAGUUUGUUUGUUUUUGUCUUUUUUUCGCACAAAAAUCUACGAAAAUGUGCUCAUCAUUUUUUGAUGGACGAUAAUCUGUUAACUUGGACUUUCAAAAACAAUGCCAUUCUAAUGUUUCAUCGGGGAAGCUUACUUGCUUUAUGAAGUGGACAGAGAUGACCAGUGACUACGAGAUAUAUACAGAUUGUAUUAAUACUGGGUACAACUUACCUAGACAAAGAAGGAAAAGUUUGAUCCUAGUAAUUGAUGAAACAUUCAGAACUCUUAUAAAUUUCCGGCUUUUGCUUUUGGCGUUUGUGGUGUACAAAUGUUUCCACGUAGCCACCGCUAGUCAUAAUAAUGUGAAGACUUUGGUCAGAGACGAUGUGGAAGAAAAUCGGACAAUAAAGCUCGUCUUGUUCAAUGGCGGGGAAUACAGGCCUUUAAGAGGCAGGAAGCUCAGACCUGGCUCUUCUCGAGAGUUUACCAACAUGCCCCUAAGUAAUGAUCAUAUAGAAACAUAUCCCACAGAACAGGCACCGAAUUUAACCGAUUUGCCAAAUUAUUACAAAUCAUUAAAAAAGGGAAAAGUUGCACUAAGUAGAGGACAAGACGGAGUCAGAAAAUCGCCACCGUUUCUUAGAAAGUCAGGCCGUAGCAGACCAGUCUUAGGCAAUACCCAUGUCAUGUUAUCCAAUUCUGAAAGAGAAGUCGUUACAGAAGAAGUGUUAGAUUUAGUGCCCAGCAAAAAUGACAGAAUUCCGUACAAUGUGUACGAUCAUCCAAACCUUCAUGGAGACAUCGAAGGCUACCAGAGCACACCCGAAUACACCGAACUCAAGGACGAGAUUCUUCUGCAGACGUACAAGGCGAGAACUCCAUGUCAAAGGUCAAACCUACAGUGGGUGCGAGAUGAAGAAAAUUGUGGAGUUUUCUUUGUCUGCGUCAGGAAUCGAAUGGCAGCGGCUAUGACUUGCCCCGGUAACGAGGUGUGGUCUAAUAGAGCGACUAAUUGCGUGCCCUUGAAGUCCAGAUGGGAUGACUGCACAGCCGUAGAUGAAUCUGAGCAUACGACCGAGCACGGGGACCAACGUAUCUAUAGUUCUGAAAGCGAGUCACGUCUGCACCAUGAUGAAUGGGAGAGCACUCAAAAAGAAGAUUGGACUACAAGUACGACAAGUACAACACCUAGCACUACAACAACGACGACCAGUACUGAAGAAACGACAACAUCUACAACAGAACCACCAGAACAUUUAACUGUCGAAGACAACAACUACAAGGUCGAACCAAGGCUGCAGUUAGAACUUAAUCCCACAUCUCACAAUGGCAACGGUCGUGCAUUUAAAACUGGAAGACGGCGUCUGAAUCCGGUGAGGCGUCAUGGGGAAUACAUCAUAUUGAAAACCACACAGCCCGUAUCCAAUAAAGAGCCUUCUCAUCAGACGGCCGCCCUGAAAGGGCCCCAGCUACCAGAGACAAAGAAAGUCUCUCGUGUUUUCGUAAAACGAAAGUCUAUUUACACAUCUCCAUCCACCACAAGAACUAAUGCCCAGAGAAGGUACAAGCAACGUGGAACCGACACGAGCCGUGGUUAUUGGAACCACAACGGCAAACAGAGAGAACCAGCAGCAACAACCAUGUUGACACAAACUACCACCAGCACAACCACAACAACCACAACUACAGCACCGCCUCCAACAACAAUCACUAAACUCCCUGUGUACAUCGGAACACUAGGCCCGCUGCUAAGGAGGAGAUCAAAGGUGACACGGCAGAAGCAUGUUCAACCCCGAGCUAGGAAAGAGCGGGUGAACAACCAGCGUCUGAAAACUGACCGGCUCCACUACAGAUACGAUGUGCCCGACAAUAAACCGGAUCUUACCGCUGAAGUCAGUGUAGAUGUGAAAUCCCUUCAAACCACGCCUGUGGUGGAAAUCCAGACCCACAGCACGUCGAGACCAACUACUAGCUGGUGGGUUGACAUAGUGACGUUAGGCCCACCAGUUCCUCCAGAAAAAGUUCGACCAGUUAGCCACUCCAGAGCAUCGCUACCUGUCAAACACCCAGCAAUCAACAGCACCACUUUUCCUCCAUAUCUUCCAGAAUGUGGAGUAUCAGUCACCAGCAUGAUUGUAGGAGGACUCCCUGCCAAACGUGGACGGUGGCCGUGGGUGGUAUCGCUGCAGCUGACAUGGGCCAAGAGGCAUGUGUGUGGAGCAACGCUGAUCCAUCCCCAGUGGGUUGUCACUGCUGCGCAUUGCGUCGCUGGGCCAGACUUUAAUACUGCUGACGAAUGGAGAGCUGUGUUUUGGCAACAUGGCUCCGCACAAAGUGUGGACUAUAUUGUGAAGCAUCCGGACUUCGUUAAUGGCGACAACUAUCCCAAUGAUAUUGCUCUACUUAGAUUGUCUAAAGCAGCAGACGUCUCAGGGUUCGAUGUCCGCCAUGCCUGCUUACCAGAGAAAGAAAAAAUCCACAGAGAAUGGGAGGAGUGCUGGAUUAUGGGAUGGGGCGAAGCUAAAGAUCAUGUUGAAACUGAGCUGAUGGAGCUGGAAGUGAACAUCAGGAAGAACUCGGAGUGCUCAGCUCGCUGGGGUUGGAAACGAAUUUUAAACUCCCAUGUCUGUGUUGGCAAUGGAGACAGAGGAGCGUGCAAUGGAGACUCCGGGGGACCAUUGGUAUGUCGAAAGAAUGGCUAUCAUUACCUGGCAGGAGUGACUUCUUGGGGAGUCAGCGGAUGUCAAACUACAGGCUACCCCAGUGUCUUCACCAGGGUGGCUUAUUACACAGACUGGAUUCACGAGACAAUACAGGCCUACACAGGGUGAUGACAUAAUCUGUUUAUUGAAAGAACUUAUUAACUUAUGUCUGAAAGUGGUUGAUUUAUGAAUGGUUCAACUCUUAGUAGGCCUAUGCCCUCAAAAGAAACUCACAAAGUGUUCUCUGAAUAAAACCAUAGUGAGUCUACGACUUUACGUCAUACAGUUUGUUUCGUCUUCCUAUCACUGCCUUUGAUUUCUGGCUUCAGAGAAUAGCACAAGUUUCACGUCAGAAUAUGUGGGAGUUUAAAAAGUAGGAAGCAAUCAUUGGUAACAGCUUGAUACUCAACUUAAUGUCUCAUAUAGAGUUCAGUUACAUUUGUGUGUAGAACACGGUUCAAACAAUGUCGAAGUUUACUUAUCAAAUAAAAAAUGUUUUAUUUGUUCCUCCUUUGGUCAGUCAAUCUAUAUAUACAUCAAGAUGCAGUUCAAAGAAUGGACAAUACUUACCUUUAAAUCUAGUAACUUAGCCUAUCCAAACAAAAUGGUGUACUGCUUCAAUCAAAAUGAAUGCAUGUUUGAAACUUGUUUUGUUUUAUGCGUGUGUUAUAUGUUGAAUAUUUUGUGAUAGGUUCGAAAUGAUCACAUUAACAUUUGAAUAAUAAAUAUUAACUGUAUAACCCUUUAAUUAUACCCAUUAAAAUUUUCAGUCUCAUAUAAAGAUGAAUUUGAUUAUCUUUUUGUUAUACACAGGGCAUAUUUUUUGGAAGUUGGUCAGUGACAGCAAAUAAAUUAUGCAACUAACAAUUCUUUAAAUAUGUGUGUUUUGUUCAUUCAAUGUCAAGAAAUUUUAAAAUAAUAAAUCCUUUUUGGAGAGUAUUCAGUUAUUUGUGACUCACUUGGGCUUUUAACUAAUAUUCCCAUAACUAUGCCCUGAAUAGCUAUUGAAAGAAACAAGAAUUUGUUUUUCUUUUCUACAUGCACUUCAAGUUCUGUAAGAUGCUAUCUAGAAAUCAAUUAAUUUGACAAGGUCAUAAUGUUUUAAAAA